AUGAUACAGCGAGCCAUGGGCAGCGUCCGAGUCAACAGGUACAGCAUCGUCUCGACCGAAGAGGAUGGACACAAGGUCUCCACGCUGGGCAGCAUGAACGGGCACAGCCGGAACGGGAAGGGCCAUGCCCCUCGGCGGAAGCACCGCAACCGCUUUGUGAAGAAGAACGGCCAGUGCAACGUCUACUUUGCCAACCUGAGCAACAAGUCUCAGCGCUACAUGGCCGACAUCUUCACCACCUGCGUGGACACGCGCUGGCGGUACAUGCUCAUGAUCUUCUCCGCCGCCUUCCUGGUCUCCUGGCUCUUCUUUGGUUUCCUUUUCUGGUGCAUCGCUUUCUUCCAUGGCGACCUCAAUGCACCGGCGGUGGGGGGUGGUCCCUCUCUCCUCAAGCCCUGCAUCAUGCAUGUGAACAGCUUCCUGGGGGCUUUUCUUUUCUCAGUGGAGACACAGACAACCAUCGGUUACGGCUUCCGCUGCGUGACUGAGGAGUGCCCGCUGGCCAUCAUGGCGGUUGUGAUCCAGUCCAUCGUGGGCUGCGUUAUUGACUCCUUCAUGAUCGGCACCAUUAUGGCCAAGAUGGCCAGGCCCAAGAAGCGGGCCCAGACCCUCCUCUUCAGUCACCAUGCGGUCAUCUCCGUGCGGGAUGGCAAACUGUGCCUCAUGUGGAGGGUGGGCAACCUGAGGAGGAGCCACAUCGUGGAGGCCCACGUCCGAGCCCAGCUCAUCAAACCCUACAUGACAGAGGAAGGGGAAUACCUCCCCCUGGACCAGCGGGACCUCAAUGUGGGCUAUGACGUGGGCCUGGAUCGUAUAUUUUUGGUCUCGCCCAUCAUUAUUGUUCAUGAGAUUGACGAGGAGAGCCCACUCUAUGGGAUUGGCAAGGAGGAGCUGGAGACGGAGAACUUUGAGAUUGUUGUUAUCCUGGAGGGGAUGGUGGAAGCCACAGCCAUGACCACACAGGCACGAAGCUCUUACCUUGCUAGUGAGAUCCUCUGGGGUCACCGUUUUGAACCAGUUGUGUUUGAGGAGAAGAACCACUACAAAGUGGAUUAUUCACGCUUUCACAAGACCUACGAGGUAGCCGGCACACCUUGCUGCUCAGCCCGGGAGCUGCAAGAAAGCAAGAUGACCAUCCUACCUUCCCCCCCACCUCCCAGUGCCUUCUGCUACGAGAACGAGCUGGCUCUUGUCAGCCAAGACGAAGAUGAAGACGAUGACGAAGUGGGUGUGGUGUUAGGGGGCAGCACUAAAGAAGAGGGAGGCGUCAUCCAGAUGAUGGAUUUUGGAAGCCACUUGGACCUGGAGCGGCUCCAGGCAACUCUGCCCCUAGAUACAAUCUCAUACCGCAGGGAGUCGGCCAUCUAGCUCCUCCAGCCUACUCGUUCCACACCCAUCGCCCACCGUCUCCUCCUCUGUUCUGCACCCGUACGUAGCUGGAUAAGUCCCUUGCCCACCAAAAAAUGCCUCCCGUGACUGCCUCUCAGCCCCUGAGUACAUCAAGGCCUGGAGCUGCUCUGAUAUGUUCCCUUUCCUGUGAAGUCACACAGCCUGGAAGAGGAGUGAGGACACACUACUCCUCCAGCGCGUGCAGCUUGUGCUAGGAUCCCCGGCAAUGGGAGAGCAGCAUGCCU